UGCAAACAAGGCAAAUACAGAGCUCUAAUGGAAGCAAGCAGCAGAGUGAUGGUGCAGGUGUUGUUGUUGGCGUUGGUGGCGCAGGUCACCCUGUCCCAGCACUGGUCAUAUGGAUGGCUACCAGGUGGAAAGAGAAGUGUGGGAGAGCUGGAGGCAACCAUCAGGAUGAUGGGUACAGGAGGAGUGGUGUCUCUUCCCGAAGAGCCGAGUGCCCAGACCCAAGAGAGACUUAGACCAUACAAUGUAAUUAACGAUGAUUACAGUAAUUUUGCCCGAAAGAAAAGGUUCGCUAAUUAUUGAAGACCUACACAAAAAGCCAAAGAAAAAACUGGACUGUUUGCAUCUUCAUCAACACCAGUGAUGGAUCGCCCAAUACUGGGAUACUGGCUUCAACUAAUCAUCAUAUAUAUCGCACAGAUAAUUUCCAUGUAUGUCUGUGACAUUAAAAUCAAUUUAAAAUUGUAAUAAAGUUUUUCAAAUCUGA